GUGCACAUUUUGUAAAGGUUGGACAAGAACAAACCUCGGCUGGCCAAAUGGUUCUUCCUGACCCGUCUAUUGGCCGAUUUCUGCUGAACCGCGUCGGACCGUCGUGAAAGCGAACAUCGUCUUGCGUGUCGAACCGGACUGAUUGACCUCCCCAGGUGCUCGAUUGUACUGAUCCACGCUUAGGCCGCGGAUUUGCCGUCGCUGAACCGUGCCCGCCCGUGUAACUCGUUCCGCGAAUAGGCCGACUGGUGAACCUUGUAACGACGAGCCAAAAGAAUUUGGCCGUUUGAUUCGCCCCAUUACCAACCCACAUCGAUCUUUCCUUGUCUAGGGUGCCGCGCCAACGAAGCGAGCUGCCCUCUCCUCCCUCCUCUGCACACACUCGCCCUGCCAAACCCAAAGGAGAUGGGAUACAUUGGACACCAUGGGGUAGCGACGCUUCACAAAUACAAGUAUAGUGGUGUGGACAAAUCGCUUCUUGCUAAGUAUGUCUUGCAGCCGUUUUGGAGUCGCUGCGUUGCCCUUUUCCCUCUUUGGAUGCCAUGUCUUAUGUGGAAGGCCAAACUUGGUAAGAACCCCACCAGUGUUGCUUCUUUUUUCUGCACUUCUUCUAUAGCCAAAUCAUCUUUGCUGAAGGAGCAGUCAUCUCAUUUAUGUGAUUUCCAGAUUACACUUAUGGGGCUUAUGUUCUUAGUUACAUCUGCAGUUCUUGGCUAUAUAUAUUCACCCCAUUUGGACACUGCCCCACCAAGAUGGGUUCACCUUGCACAUGGAUUGCUUCUCUUCUUAUAUCAGACUUUUGAUGCAGUGGAUGGUAAACAAGCAAGGCGGACCAAUUCCUCUAGUCCAUUGGGAGAACUUUUUGAUCAUGGUUGUGAUGCUCUGACAUGUGCUUUUGAAGCCUUAGCUUUUGGGAGCACUGGCAUGUGUGGAAGAGCUACUUUCUGGUUCUGGGUAAUUGCAGCUGUCCCAUUUUAUUUUGCAACAUGGGAACACUUCUUUACAAAUACACUUAUUCUUCCAAUAAUUAAUGGACCUACAGAGGGACUCAUGUUGAUAUACGUUGCCCAUUGGCUUACCUUCUUUUGGGGUGCUGAGUGGUGGGCACAGGACUUCAGGAAAUCAAUCCCUCUCGUGGGUUGGAUGCCAGUUGCUCAUGAGAUUCCAACCUAUGGAGUUGUGCUGUUUAUUUUGAUUGUUUUUGGUGUAUUCCCAACUAUCAGCUCCAACAUUAGCAAUGUCCGCAAGGUUGUCCAAGCAAGAAAAGGAAGCAUGUUGCUCGCGCUAGCAAUGGUAAUUUCUAUUUACAAAUUCCACCAUCUCACAUUAUCAAGAUUUUUUGAUGAACUAAUUUGUUCUUGCCAGAUAUUUCCUUUCGUUGUGCUGAUGACUGGAGUUCUUAUCUGGUCAUACUUAUCUCCUUCAGAUGUUAUGUGCAACCAUCCACAUUUGCUUAUAGUUGGAACAGGAUUUGCAUUUGGUUUUCUUGUGGGGAGGAUGAUUCUUGCUCACCUAUGCGAUGAACCCAAGGGUUUGAAGACAGGGAUGUGCAUGUCACUACUGUUUCUUCCUCUUGCCAUUGCAAAUGCUCUCACCGCUAGGCUCAAUGAUGGAGCUCCUCUCAUUGAUGAAUAUAUCAUUCUUGUUGUGUAUUGCUUGUUCACAGUGGGGCUUUACUUGCAUUUUGCUACAUCUGUCAUCCAUGAGAUAACAACUGCUCUGGGCAUUUACUGCUUCAGGAUAACCAGGAAAGAAGCUUGAGAAAGACUUUGACGUGCUGUUCGUAGUGCACGUCUUUAUUGUUGAUUAAUUUUUUACUGAAAGCAGGGCUACCUGACAUUCAAUCUGUGUGCCAUAUAAGAUGGGUUCCCCACUCUAUUAAAUCAGUGCUUGUGGGGAAUGCUGUGUAGAAGAUAAGCCACGUUAGUUAGAUAAGAUGAGAAAUUGUUGUCAUUAUUUUGGUCCUCUGUAGGAAUCGACUGUAGCUGAUCGGUUGUUGUAUCACUAUCAAUUUAUCCAAUUGUGAGAAUGCAUGUUAUACAUGAAGGACCACUACAAAAGUUGGAAAGAGGAUAAUUGACGUAUAAAUUCCAAAGAAAAUGUUUUGGUUGUGAAAAAACUUUUAUUGAAUAAAACCUUCCUAUUUCUCUA